AUGGUGAACACCAAGGGCGUCGAGCCGGUGCACCGCGCCGCCGGGCUGCCGCUGACGGCGCUGAACCACAUCUCCGUGGUGUGCCGGUGCCUCGAGAGCUCCCUCCGCUUCUACCGCGACGUCCUUGGAUUCGUCCCCAUCCGCCGCCCGGGCUCCUUCGACUUCGACGGCGCAUGGCUGUUCAACUACGGCAUAGGCGUUCAUCUUCUGCAAGCCGAGGACCCGGCGAGCAUGCCCCCCAAGAAGACGGAGAUCAACCCCAAGGACAACCACAUCUCCUUCCAGUGCGAGAGCAUGGAGGCGGUGCAGCGGCGGCUCAAGGAGCUGGGUAUCCGGUACGUGCAGCGGCGCGUGGAGGAGGGCGGCAUCUACGUGGACCAGGUCUUCUUCCACGACCCCGACGGCUUCAUGGUCGAGGUCUGCACCUGCGACAACCUCCCCAUCGUGCCCCUCGUCCCCGAGGGCCAUGCCAUCCUCGGCCUGCCGCAGCAGCCUGCAGCGCCAGCCUGCAAGCGUCCAGCAGCCGCCCUCAGGCAGCUGCAAGCGCCGGCGCCGCAGCAGCCGCUUCCUGUUCCCGUGGCCGUCGUUCCAACCCCGGCAAAGGCCAGCGGCUGA